AUGCUUCCGUCCCUCCGGGCGGAUUCCACCCUUGGUCCAAAGGCGUCGUCAAUCCCCGCAUUCACAGCAGAGCAACUGAUUGUAUCGCAAGCAACGAACUUCUUCACCACUUGCGGGUUCUGCGUGACAAAGUAGAACCCCGUUGCGGCUCCCAUAGAUACCCCAAUCCAGGCAUAAAGAUGCUGUAUAUUUAGGGUUUCCAGCAGAUCGCGCAAGUCCUUGGCCAAGGACGUAAAGCUGGUUGUAUUCAAGUCGUCGGGUACUGACGACUGUCCGUGA